UCCGUUGGUAACGGACGAAAAAGUUCAGGAAGUAGCUUACAGCAGCUGGUAGUGUUUAUGCCAGGAAGUUUUAGCCAAUGUUUCGGAUUUUUCAGGUGGAUAAAACACAGCUAAAACAGAUUUUUCUGUUCAGUAGAAAAAUGUCUAAAAUGCCUACUGAAUGUGGCACGGCAGAUGUUAAAAACAGCGGCGACAACAGGUCGGUUCAUUCGGACACCAUCCAGGAGGUUCACAACGUCCCUAUUCAGGUGAUCAUCAGACCGUUUCCCUUGGAGCUGGACGAGCAGAAAGUCCAAAGUCUGAUGGAUACAAUUAAGGAGACGCCAGACAUCAGCGUUGUUCCUCCUAUUGAUGUUCUUUGGAUCAAAGGCAGAGAGGGAGGAAAUUACUACUACUCAUUCGGAGGCUGUCACAGGUUUGCUGCCUAUCAGAGGCUCCACAUGCCAACCAUCCCAGCCAAACUCAUCAGAUCAAGCAUCUCAGACCUCAAGACUUACUUGGGGGCUUCAACGCCUGAUCUACGAUAAUUUUUUUUACUUUUUGUUGUUUUGACUCGCUAUAUCAGAAGUGUCCAACUCCAGUCCUCAAUUGAAUUAUGAAUUUCUGCAGAUUUCUAAUAGUGAGCCACUCAUUUCAUCUAAGUUAUAUGUGUAAAACUCAAGGCUCGUGGGCCAAAUCUGGUCCGCCGAAGCUUCUUAUGUCGUCCUCUAGAUUUCAGAGGGACACGUAAAUAGAAACUUUACGUGUCUGAUCCGUAAAGUUGUGUAUUUAAACAACAGGUGUGUAUUUAAAUAUUAUUUUAUCAAUCAAAUCACUUUUUUUUACAUGUAUACUGCCAAAUUACAUCAGUCAGUCCCUUCAGUUUUUGUGACUCUGCAAUUGCAUAAAUUCAACAGAUGCCUGCAAUUUUUUGCGUUAAUAUAAAAUUGAGAGUUCAUUGCAAAUUUUCCACAAAAGUCAAAAACAUUAAAGUGAUGUUAACUCCCACCAGAAGGUGGCAGUAUGUCUUCCUCCUACUGCACUGUUCUCUCAGCCUUACGUGAUGUACAAGUUAUAGUCCAUGAUUGAUAUGGUGAGUAACAAAAAGACAAAUUUACCUUCAGAUAAGCAAAAAAUUGCAAAAUUCCUUGCAGAUAUUUCUAAAUUGGCUCCACAGAAAUGUCUGUGACUUAAAUUUUUUUUAAAUCACAAAAACAAUUAUGAAAUCUAGGAUGGACUAAUCAGUGUGAAAAGAUAUCAAGAAGAACUUGUUUAAUGGAGACAAACUAUUUAUAAAUAUCCUGACAUAACUGGCCGUUUAAUAAAUAGAGGUUUCAAAAUGGAUUUGAAACCCCUGAUUUAGAUGUUUUCAAUCAUUAUAAUAUGUAAAAUGCUUUUGACUCCAGACUUUAGACUUCACAUCACUACUGUUUGCUCGGGAGGAUCAUACUGUGACUGCCAGCUGCAGCAGGUGAUUACAAUGCACAGGAUUUACCAGCAGGGGGAAACAAAGCUCUGGAUGUACACACAUUCCUCACGUCAAAUCGCUGCAUGUUUAAAUGUUUAGUUUUAUUAAUCAAAUACUUCUCAGUAGAUUAAA